AUGCAGGCUCAGCCCGUAGCUCAGCCCGCAGCCUCAGCCCCCCUCAACCCGCAGCCUCAACCCGCAGCCUCAACCCGCAGCCUCAACCCGCAGCCUCAGCCCGCAGCCUCAACCCGCAGCCUCAACCCGCAGCCUCAGCCCGCAUCCUCAGCCCGCAGCCUCAACCCGCAGGCUCAACCCGCAGCCUCAACCCGCAGCCUCAGCCCGCAGCCUCAACCCGCAGCCUCAACCCGCAGGCUCAACCCUAACCCUCAGCCCGCAGCCUCAGCCCGCAGCCUCAACCCCGCAGCCUCAACCCGCAGCCUCAACCCGCAGCCUCAACCCGCAGCCUCAGCCCGCAGCCUCAACCCGCUCAGCCCGCAGCCUCAACCCGCAGCCUCAGCCCGCAGCCUCAACCCGCAGCCCAGCCCGCAGCCUCAACCCGCAGCCUCAGCCCGCAGCCUCAACCCGCAGCCUCAGCCCGCAGCCUCAGCCCGCAGCCUCAACCCGCAGCCUCAACCCGCAGCCUCAACCCGCAGCCUCAACCCGCAGCCUCAGCCUGCAGCCUCAGCCCACAGCAACGCUGAGGUCGGCUUGGUCCGCAUGCGACGCCUUUUCAUCAACUCAGCUGGAAACAUUUGUGCUAAAACAUGA